AUGAAACUUCUGGCUCCUAGCGUCGACGAGUUAGUCUAUAAAAACAUAGGUCGCAAUCCAACCGCUUUCACCCUAGAUAGAACUAACUCACCCUACCUAUAUCUGGUCUAUAACCAUCGAAAAUCUAUUCAACCGAAACAGCACUACAUAAUUGAAGAUACGAACCUCGCCGUGCGUUCUAAGAUACACCACUGUGAUUGCAACAAUGAUAUCAACGAUCAUCUCGACCGCGGUCCGCUUGAAACAGACUCGACAGUUGCUCUCCAUCUAUUGCACAACAAGGCCCUUCAGAAACUAGCUAACCAACUACCUGUCAUAAAACGUACUACUACUACAAGGAUCCAUCGCAUAGACCUGCUUUUAGUCGAUUUGUGCCUCGUCUCGAAGAUGGUCACCAGGGAAUUGAAGCUGCAGUAUGUAUCCUUCUAUCUACACACCUCGAUUUCUGAAUAUCAUGACUACUAA